AUGGCAGCUACGGCCACGACACGCCCAGCGAAGCCGAGGCGCAAGCUGGACACGGCUCAAAGAGAAGGCAUUGAACAAUUGCUGGAGCAUGAUAAGCGCCAUUUACUCAAAGUCCGAGACUUGCAAAGCAAGUCACAAGCACUGCUGAAGCCCGAGGACAUCCAGGUAGUUCUCUACGAUGUGUACUCGGUCGACAGUUUCGCUGCAUGCUGUGUUGCUCGCAAAUUCUUGGGACUCGGCGUUCACUAUGAAGGAGUCACACGUGGGUCUUGCCUCCAGCACUUGAGCCUGGAUGCUGAAGGAUUGGAUGGAAAGGCCCGAGAAGAGCUGUGGACCAGCGGCCGUCGCGAUGCUGGGCUUAUGCUGGAAAGUGGUAGACAUUCUCGACUUGGGAAGAACUUGCAAACAGAGGAGGAUGAGAUCUUUUUGUCUCUUCUGGAUCGGCUACGAGAGGAGCAUGAGCUCCAAGUGAACAAUUUGAGCAGCAAGAUCGGUGAGUUGCAAAAGCGACUCGACACCUCAGGGCCUUCCAGGCAUGAGGAUGAGGGUCAUACAGGCACCAAUUCUGUCGAGCUGGGCCUGGAAGAUGCAGACAAAGACAAAGCUGAAGCCGACGGCAUGCACGCCCUGAGAAGUGGUGGAGGAGGAUCGCCGAAGCUACAGCGGAAACAAACCAAUUCGCAGUUCACUCACCUGGGCAUCCACACCCAUACAGAUGGAUGGCGGGACGCCCCUGGCAACUUCUUUCAUCGCUAUCGCGGCUUCGUGUCAAGCGCCCUGUUCGAGACUUCUUUUGCCAGCUUGAUCGUGUUCAACGCACUGGUCAUGGCUGCUGACGUUCAAGUCAUAGGUAUCGACAUUGGAGCAGACCUUGCAUAUGCGGCGUAUAUGCCAACAUCUCUGACUGCACCAUGGGCACGGCCCAUGUUUGAGUAUUUUGAGUGGUUCUUUGGCAUUGCAUUCACAGUUGAGAUAGUCAUGAAGUUCACUGCAUUCGGGCUGGACUUCGUGAAAGACCUCUGGAACUGGAUAGACACAUUCAUUGUUUGCUGUUGGUACAUCGAUGUUGUCGCCAAUGACAUUCUGCCAAUCAACACGACUCUGCUGCGCUUGCUGCGCUUGGUGCGGCUUUUGCGGCUGCUCAGGCUGGUUAGGCUGAUAAAGACUUUUGAUUCACUCUACCUCAUGACAACGGCUCUAAAGGGAAGCGCUCUUAUUCUCACCUGGGCCUGCGUGUUGUUGCUGGUCCUCCAGAUACUGCUGGCUCUCCUCCUGAACCAGAUUUUGUAUACAGUCUACUUCCCAAGUGAGGAUUAUCCUCUCGCUGAACGACUGGAACUAUUUGAAUAUUUUGGGACGUUUACUCGCUCAAUGCUCUCAAUGUUCGAGAUAACGCUGGGCAACUGGCCACCAGUCUGCAGGCUGCUCUCCGAGAAAGUUUCGGAAUGGUUUAUGCUGCUUUGCGUAUUGCACAAGCUGGUCAUUGGCUUUGCGGUCGUGGGGGUCAUCAACGGCGUUUUCAUCCAGGAGACCUUCAAAGUGGCAUCUUCUGAUAACCAGAUAAUGAUGAGGCAAAAAGAGCGCUCGUCAAAUCUGCAUGAGAUGAAGAUGCGACAGCUGUUUCUGGAAGCUGACAAUGACC